GCCCCGCCGUGGGCCCGCCCCACCGUCGGCCCACCCCCAUCCCCGCUCUCCCCUUAAAAGCGCGCCGUUCUCGCUCCUCCGGCGAGACGAAACUUCCCGCCCCGGCGGCUCCGGCACCCAGGGUCCAGCCUGAGACCACCCGGCCAGGCCUGGACGCUGGCUUAACACCUGUGACCGCAUGUGUGCGCGCCUGCCACAUCUGUUGUCACACUCAUCGCCACCUUUGCCCUGAAACCCACACCUGGGCAACGUCGUGGCCAUAAGCCCUCAAUCCACACGUGUGACCCCCUCACCUGUAACAACUGGGCCACAGUACCUGUGGUGACACUUGACUGCCACCCGCGACCACACCUCCUCGCAGCGGAGGGCGCGCCCCAUCUCUCCAAGUCCAGUCCUUGCAGAGCGAGCGAUGGCUGUGGCUCCCGACAGGGUAGCCCCGCGCGUGCUGUUCGGAGACUGGCUUUUGGGCGAGGUCAGCAGCGGCCGCUACGAGGGGCUGGAGUGGCUGGACGCAGCCCGCACACACUUCCGUGUCCCCUGGAAGCACUUCGGGCGGAGGGACCUGGGCGAGGCGGACUCACGCAUCUUCAAGGCCUGGGCCGUAGCCCGCGGCAGGUGGCCGCCCAGCAGCAGCAGAAGUGACCCUCAGACCCCCGAGAGCGCCCUCCGCGCAGGCUGGAAAACCAACUUCCGCUGCGCAUUGCGCAGCACGCGGCGCUUCGUGAUGCUGCAAGACAACUCUGGGGACCUCACGGACCCGCAUAAGGUGUAUGCGCUCAGCCCCGAGGUGGGGUGGGCAGUCUCAGGUCCCAACUCUCCCUCAGAAGAUGCAGGCAUUAACCAGGGGAAGGAUGAGGCCCUUGAUGUCCCCCCCAGGAUGGGCGGGUUCCUCAGGCCAGCCCUGGCAGGAGAUGCUGGUGAGAGGCGGGGGCACCAGCUGGCUGGGCCGAACCCUGAGCCCUGCGCCCCAAGCCCUCUUUCCGGCCCAGCUGACGAUGUGGAGGACCUCUUGCUCCAGGCUCUGCAGCAGAGCAGCCUGGAGGACCACCUGCUGGAAGCUACAUGGGGGGUGGAUCCAAUCUCCCCAGAGGCUCCUGGCCCAGAGCUCCCUGCGGGGCAGCUGUACCUGCCAAAGCCCCAGGCCCAGACGACAGGUGAGAGGAACCUGGGGACAUGUGGAGGAGGGAGGUGCUGGGGGACCAGGUGCCAACACAGCCCUUCCCUGGACGCAGGCCUAGCCCCAGCACCCUGGCAGCCCCCUCAAGAGGCAGAGCCCUGCACUGCGCUGCCCCCCAGUGCCUGUCCCCCGGUGGCAGGUGAGCAGGUCCCAGCCAGGCCUGGCUACUCACAGCUCAGUCUGCACACAGAACCCAGCCUGGGCACCCUGGACGUGACCAUCAUGUACAAGGGCCGAACGGUGCUGCAGGAGGUGGUGGGCCGCCCAAGAUGUGUGUUCCUAUACGGGCCUCCCAGCCUACCUGUUGAGGCCACAGAACUCCAGUGCGUGGCCUUCCCCAGCCCUGCUGAGCUCCCCGACCAGAAACAGCUUCACUACACAGAGAAGCUGCUGCAGCACGUGGCCCCUGGCCUGCAGCUGGAGCUCCGGGGGCCUGGGCUGUGGGCCCGGCGCCUGGGCAAGUGCAAGGUCUUCUGGGAGGUGGGAGGCCCCCUGGGCUCUGCCAGCCCCUCUAGCCCGGCCCGCCUGCUGCCCAGGAACUGCGACACUCCCAUCUUCGACUUCAGCACCUUCUUCCGAGAGCUUGUGGAGUUCCGGGCUCGCCAGCGCCAGGGCUCCCCACACUACACCAUCUACCUGGCCUUUGGGCAAGACCUGUCAGCCAGGAGACCCAAGGAGAAGAGCCUGGUCCUGGUGAAGCUGGAGCCGUGGCUGUGCCGGGCGCACCUGGAGGGUGUGCAGCGUGAAGGCGUGUCCUCCCUGGACAGCGGCAGCCUAGGCCUCUGCCUGUCCAGCUCCAACAGCCUCUACAACGACCUCGAGCAUUUCCUUGACCACUUCUUCAUGGAGGUGGAGCAGCCCGCCUAGGCCUGGGGCCCGGACCCCACCCUGAUCCAAUAAAGAAAACCCGAAAACCUG